AUGGAGAAGUAUGGUGUUAAAGAGUCUUGGACUAAAGUGCUGUCGAUUCCUAAUCUGAGUGGCCCUAAUGGAGGGAUUUCCGGGCAAGCUAUUUUUCUAUCAAAGGAAGGAGAAAUUGUGUGUAAAUUUGGGGAAGUUUUAGCCCUUUAUGAUGGGCGGAAAAUUCUUACUUUUAAUUUGUCGAGUGAGACAUUUGGAGAGGAUGUUUGGAGGAUGGAGAAGUAUGGUGUUAAAGAGUCUUGGACUAAAGUGCUGUCGAUUCCUAAUCUGAGUGGCCCUAAUGGUGGGAUUUCCGGGCAAGCUAUUUUUCUAUCAAAGGAAGUAGAAAUUGUGUGUAAAUUUCGGGAAGUUUUAGCCCUUUACGAUCCAAAACAUAAUACUCACAUGCAUAUGCGAAUUACUAAUUUGGGAGCUCUUUCACAAGUAAAUGUGUAUGUUGAGAGCUUGGUUUUGCCUAAUGCUGUUGAAGGGGUACCAGUGCACUGGGCUUGA